AUGGCUUUCUAUUCUCAACCGAAAACUGUCAUUCGAUCGUUCGAUCGUUUGCACCUCCUCUGCCAAUACUCCUCCUCUCAUUCGUUCGAUCGUUUGCACCUCUACUAUCAUUCAUUCGAUCGUUCGAUCGUUCGAUCGUUCGCACCUCUACUCUAUCAGCUCUGUCGCGAUGCUCUGAUAGUGAGGCUGUGCAAUGAGGCUGUAAUCCUGUUGGAAUUUGUAAUCCUGUUGGAAUUUGUUAUCCAACUCGGUGGCAUGCAGUCGUAUUGUUUCCUGUUGGAUUUGCUGUUCUUAAACAAGCUUUAG